UGGUGCCAUGUCAAAAAAAGACAAUGUGCGAAUGAAAUUCCAUGAUAGCAUUGUAGCACUGCAGUACUCAAGAGUGGAAGUGCGUUACAUUUUCUCAGAAGUGUGUGUAUGUGUGAGUAUGUAUGUUUGUGGUCAUUCUAAUUCCAAAUGAGUGACAAUAUGAGACUGUCAAACCAAGUUAACAACAAAUAAUACAGAAUUUUGAUUCUUAACUAAAUACGGUACAUUUAUAGUUUUUCAAUUCUUAGAAAUGAUGAAGAAUAUAUUGAAGCUUCUGCGGAGUGAGCGAAUGACACUCACUUCCUACUCCGACUGACACAGUUCAAGACACAGACAAUAAAAAGUGACAGCACCAGGAGCAGAACCGAUCGAUAUUUAAUGCACAAUGCAGAUGACACAAUGAAAGGCUACACUGUUUUACCUUCUUUUUUCAUUGUUUGGACACUGACAGAGUUUGUCUGGUGUGAUGAAGGAUCGAAAAUUGACGUUGUCUGGAAAUCUGGACCUGGGGAGAUUACGAUUAUAUGUGGUCAAAACAAAUAUGUAUCAAAAAAUGGUAAGAAAGUAACGUUUCCUUUAAAAUACAAAGAUGAGAACUCUGGCGAGUACGAAUGUGUGGACAAAGACCAAGCAAGACAUAAAAUCUUCGUGAAGUUCAGAUCUUGUGAAAACUGUGUGGAGCUCGACAUUGUUACCAUAUCAGGUCUCGCUGUUGGAAAUUUGAUGGCUACCAUUGUACUUGGAGUGGCUGUCUAUCUUGUUGCAUCACAGACCCAUGCCAGUGUUAUCACUUCUCAACACAAAAGCUCUGAUCAAAGACACCUUAUUCCAAAUGAUACAAAGAGGAGCGUCCCAAAUGAUGAGUACCAAGAGCUGAGACACAAAGGUGGUCGUAAAGAAAUAUACAAUACCCUCUCCGGCAAAUGAUACCCUGCUGGCCCAACCUAAUAACAUGUAGUAUAUCCUUGAAACUGUCAGAAAAUCCAGUUCAUCGGUCCAACUUUGCAUAAAUAUGUGUGCGUUUUUUACCUGAAUCAAAUAGUUUCAUUAUACUGUCAAAUGCAAUUGUCAUUGCAUUUCUUGUGUGGUGAUUUUAAUAAACAUGAUCUGAGUGUA